AUGAUCCUGCAUCCUGGCACUGAAUCAGCUGUUUCGUACCAUCCAAUACUCCCGGUAAGUAUUGCAGCGAAACUCAUCAAUGGAGGUGUGGCGGGGCUCGUAGGGGUGACCUGUGUGUUCCCCAUUGACUUGGCCAAGACGCGACUGCAGAACCAGCAAGGGAAGGAUGUCUACAAAGGAAUGGUCGACUGCCUGAUGAAGACGGCGCGGGCCGAGGGCUUCUUCGGCAUGUACCGAGGGGCCGCAGUGAACCUCACCUUGGUCACGCCGGAGAAGGCCAUCAAGCUGGCCGCCAACGACUUCUUCCGGCAGUGGCUGAUGGAAGACGGGAUGCAGCGGAAUCUGAAGAUGGAGAUGCUGGCGGGAUGCGGGGCUGGAAUAUGCCAGGUGGUGGUCACCUGCCCCGUGAAAAUGCUCAAGAUUCAGCUGCAAGAUGCUGGGCGCUUGGGUGAGGCCAGCACCGGGGGGUGUCCUUUCCCCCCAGUCGCCUCAGCACCCACCUCCUCCGGCUCCUAUGAUGCGGGCUCGCUGCCGUCCCCCUCCAAGCGCCCGUCCGCCACCCUCAUCGCCUGGGAACUGCUUCGCACACGCGGCCCGGCCGGGCUCUAUAAGGGGCUGGGUGCCACUCUCCUCAGAGAUAUUCCCUUCUCCAUCAUCUACUUCCCGCUGUUUGCCAACCUUAACAACUUGGGCAUCAACCAGCUGACCGGGAAGGCCUCCUUUGCACAUUCCUUUGUAUCAGGCUGUGUUGCAGGCUCGGCAGCUGCUGUUGCGGUCACGCCCCUGGAUGUCUUGAAAACGCGAAUCCAGACCCUGAAGAAAGGCCUGGGUGAGGACAGCUACAGCGGGGUCACUGACUGUGCCAGGAAAGUCUGGCGUCAGGAGGGACCAGCCGCCUUCAUGAAAGGAGCGGGCUGCCGGGCCCUCGUCAUAGCCCCCCUCUUCGGCAUUGCCCAAGGCGUCUACUUCCUCGGGAUAGGGGAGCGCAUCUUGAAGUGCUUUGAGCAGAUGUAGUGGGGCUUGGGCCCUGCACCGGCCGCCGUCUCUUUAGCCCAGGACUUCCAGAAGCCCCUAACAACACAGUGAAAAUAGCGUUUGCCCUGGUUUUAUUAACCUCAGCUCAGCCGGGCCGUGUGGGCCCUAAUGUGUAGCGCUACCUCACCUCCGAAGAAACCACCACGCCCUAACAAGCAGGCUGGGAGGCCCCUGUUCUUCCUUCAUGGCUCUGCAUUCGUUUCCUUCGGGGCUGGAGCUACCAGCGACUUCCAGAAGCCCUAACAAGCUCCUUUCAGUCUCAGUGAAGAUCGUGUCAGCCUUGUAUUCACCACAGGGACUUAACAGUAAAGAGAAGGGGGGUUUCUACAUUUUACAUUUCUGCUUGACACACAAACCUAGUAUACUUGAGUCAAGUUGAGAGUCUUGUUUUGUUAAUUCUGAUUUCUGUAAUUUAGGGUUAGCCUUUGUUGACUUGGGUAAUAAAGGGAGGAUCAGGGGAGCAAGGGCCCGUGAGAGCCCUCAGGGUGCCUAGUUUGAGAGCAACUGAGUCCUCGCCAGGGCAGCAGGGCUGGGCCCUCCCACGGGCCGAGGACACUGUCCAAUCCAGCCAACCUGUGGGAGUCUCGCCUCGUUAGUGGGGACAUCAGUGUGUCCUCAGCUAUUCUGUGUCCAUUUCCCAUUCAUGAAGCCAGUCUCUAUUGGUGGAGAACAGCCAAAGGGACAUUCACGUCUUGAUCCAGUCAUUUCAUGAUCCCAUCACCGAGGAACGCGUUUGCUGUCUCAGCGCACCCAACUCCUUCCCCAGAAGGCUGCUCUAGCAAGGUGGGACCUCAUACAGACCUGGGGUCCUGUCCAGAAAGACCUGUGUUUACGUUAGCCCCACCUAGAACUGCAGUGAAUGAGAAAAGGGCAGCCUCGCUGUCUACCUGGAGCAGGGCUCUGGACACAGACCUAAGGUCAAGUUCCACUUAGUUGCUGCAAGACCUCAGGCCAUCUCAGUGGUCAUCAGAGAAGCAGAAGAAAGGAUUUAUUCAGGCCUAACACCGGUAACUCCUCUUAAGAUACCCAGUUUUUCCAACUCCGCCAAAGCUAAUAAAACUAUUUCUUCAAUAAAGCUGUCAAACCCGAGAGGACACGGGUAAUACUGGACACCUGCCUGUGUGGUGUGUGCAUCACAAUCGCGAGGGGCGGGAGGGCGUGAGGCUAGGGCAGGGUCUGGGUAACGUGAGCAGGAAGCGCCGGGGAGGACACAUGGCUUCAGGAUCUGGCAGCGGUCGGCCCGCAGAUGCCGCAGGGAGUCGGAACAUGCUUUCUAGAUACCUCGGUAAGCACUGACCUCGCAAGCCACAAACGCACAGUACUUUCGCAUAAUAAUUUGCAGUGAAAUCCACAUAAACCUUUUAAUAAAUAAAGCAUAUUCGUGGCUUAGAAUUUAAAUCACAUUUACAGAUGAGGAAAACGUCUAGGCCCAAGCAGGCAGCAGCGCAGCUACGGCUGCCGGGAGGGUGUAUGCCCACAUGCAAUUGUAGCCUAAGGAGACGUAACAGUGGUGAACACCAGACCCAUCACCCCCUACACUGGGCAACCGGAACCAGAGGACCAGCAGCCUUGAGUUUCAUGCAACCACCAUCUGGUCCCCUCACCUUGAUGCUGCGGAAGCAGGCGAAGGUCGGGUAACUUUCCGUCAAGCCAGAGGUAGGUUUCCUGACCUUAUUAAGUGAAACUUUCUCUCAUUGUUAAUUAGGCCAAGGGCAUUAGCUACAGAAAGGUAUCCACUGAUAAA